GUAGGCCGGAGACCCCGCCCCUCUGCGCUGUGAGCUGACAUUGUUCCGGAGUCCAAGGGGCUGAUGAUCGGUAGAAUGGCGCUGUCCUCUCUGCCCCGUGUGGAGCAAUUAUCCUCCCGGGUGAUCCGGGUGUUGGGGUGUAACCCGGGCCCCAUGACCCUGCAGGGUACCAACACCUACUUGGUGGGCACCGGUCGAAGGAGAAUACUUAUAGAUACGGGGGAACCUUCUAUUCCAGAAUAUAUCAGCAAUUUGAAGCAAGUACUUAAUAAAUCCAGCAUGGCGAUCCAGGAAAUAAUCGUGACUCACUGGCACCAUGACCAUUCUGGUGGUAUAACAGAUAUAUGCAGAGAUAUCAUAAAUGACUCUGGUGUUUGCGUUAGUAAACUUCCGAGGAAUCCACACAAAGAAGAGGUCAUCGGCACAGGAGAGCAAAAGUACAAAUAUCUGAAAGAUGGAGAUAUGAUAGCGACUGAGGGAGCUACACUGAAAGUCCUGUACACACCUGGACAUACAGAUGACCACAUGGCACUGGUGUUAUUGGAAGAAAAUGCAAUCUUCAGUGGGGACUGUAUUCUUGGAGAAGGAACAGCUGUGUUUGAGGAGCUGUAUGAUUACAUGAAGUCUUUAGAAAGGCUAUUAGACGUCAAGGCUGACAAGAUCUACCCAGGUCAUGGUCCUGUGAUUCAGGAGGCAAGAGCCAAAAUUCGGGAGUAUAUUACUCACAGACAGGCUCGAGAACAACAAAUUUUGCAGGUUUUGCAAGAGAACUCUGGGAAAUCCCUGACUGCCAUGGAACUUGUUAAAAUUGUGUACAAGGAUACUCCAGAAUAUUUACAUGCAGCUGCAGAAUUCAACCUUACUCAUCAUCUACAGAAACUAAAGCGAGAAGGAAAAAUAGUACAAGAAGGGGCUCCUAAUGUCCAGUGGAAAAGUCGCUUGUGAUUGUGAAUCAAGGAAACAAUUGGUUGAAUCUGAAUAAGGAAUAGACUGCAUGGGAGGAUCAAGGCUCACUGAUUAAGAUGCCUCACAGUAGAACCAUCCAACCCAACUCCAAAUCAUUACACUUGCAGCUGUGUAAUUUUAUAAAUUUCAUUUUUAAUUGGGGUUUCUUUUUAUUACUAAUGGAAGCAUCUUCCUAAUGAAAGAAUUAAA